AUGAAUGGAAUUGAAAUCCUUUCCAUUUCUUUUCAACCAUACAUACGACAGAUUCCAAUUCCUUUGAUAAAUUUCAUUCAUUUCAAAAAUAUUUUGAGAACCGAAAAUUCCCUUCCACUACUCCGAGAUUACUUGCUAUCCUUAAUUCCAAUUCCUUUUACAAAUUCCAUUCAUUACUCUGCAACAAGAAAAGGUACACAUUUAGGUCCAUUAAAUCUCAAAUACCUUGCUUUAUCAAAUUACUGCCUUCAAUCCAAUGAUUACAAGCUGACAAAGCAUGGAAAUGAUAAACAGAGGGUGCUGGUGUUUAAGGUCAACAGUUUGAAAUUGUUGGAUGACAUGGCAGAACUGAGUUCAACCUACUGAGUUACACGAUUAUAUAACAAAGCAUAUGGCGGGUGGGGUUUAAAUUAAUGAGGUCAACAACUUGAAAUUGUUGGAUGACAUGGCAGAACUGAUUUCAACCUACUGAGUUACGCAAUUAUAUAACAGAGCAUAUGAUGGUGUUAUGAAUGCAGUGAAGAGGCAAAAAAACAUUAUUUAAAUUAAAGGCAACAAUUUUCAAAACUUUCUUCAGCACAAGAUAGGGAAGACGGCUUUUAGAUUUUGUUCCAUACUUCAAAAGAUAUAAAAGUAAAGCUUGUGAAUGUCCUUGAGAUGAGCUAUACAUCCAAUGAUCCAAU